ACAAACAUGGAGGCACCAAUGACAGUUUUUAUUUUCACAUUGCAUUUGUGUUGUAACAGUAUCCACACAUAUCUGCAUGCAUUUUGAACAUGGAGCUACCAUGAGCCUUUAGUUUUGACUGAAUGCCUAUGGUUCUGCUUUAAAACAUUUUUCUGGGGCAGGGGUUAAACAGUGAGGAGAGCCUUUCAGGAAAUUGUCAAAGAGCAUGAGUCCAAAUAUCCUGUGACCAAUCUCCUUGCAUUACUGCUGGAAUUCUGUUAUUGUCCUGCUGUGAAUUCUGGAUUGUAUUUUGUGUAACAAGUAGCAGGGGAUUACUGCGGUGUGAUACAUUGUUUGUGUGUGUCUUUUUCAGGGUUGUCGAGUGGUUUCCUGGAGACGGAGCAUCAGACGCAGCGUGCAGAUCCCAGCAGAACCGGUCGACCCGUGGAGCCUCGCCGCCGCUGUGCCUCUGAGUCAUCCAUCUCCUCCUGCAGCAGUUUACCAGGAAGCACCAGCACGGUUCUCAGUCUUCCAAAAUGUGGGAAGGGAAAACCCGCCUUGGUCCGGAGACACACUGUGGACGACAAGAGUGAAUUAAUAGCCUGCAUAGAAACUGGGAAUUUUGCUAAAGCCGCUCGAUUAGCUGCAGAGGUUGGCAACAGCAAUAUUUGGAUGCCCGCUAGUGCUGCAACUGUUGCACUGGAACCCCUAAAGCUAGUAUGGGCCAAAUGUAGUGGAUACCCUUCCUAUCCUGCCCUGAUCAUCGACCCCCACAUGCCUCGCUGCCAGCUCAACAGGGCGUCCAUCCCACAGCCUCCCUCUGAUGUGCUGCGGAUCGGGGAGCAGAUGCAGUACAAGGCCGAAGAGAAACUCUACCUCGUGCUCUUCUUUGACAACAAGCGCAGCUGGCAGUGGCUUCCCAGAUCCAAGAUGGUUCCCCUGGGGAUAGACAAGACCAUCGACAAGAUCAAAAUGAUGGAAGGUCGCACGUCGAGCAUUCGUAAAGCGGUCCAGAUCGCCUUCAGCCGCGCCAUGAACCACCUGAGCAUUGUACAGGACGAGCCAGUCAGCGACCUCAGUGACUUGGACUGAUGUCCUGAACCAGUACCUCGCCUUUACCAAAUAUCAUUUAUCUAAGUUUUACAGCUCUGGGAAAACAAGAGACCACUGCAGAAGCAUCCGCUUUUAUCUUUUAUAGGUGUACGAUGUGGGACAGAACACCUUGUUCUUUACACGAGUGAUUCUCAAACUUUUUACCGAACUAAAGUGGGACAAAAUCUGAUUUGAAAUUACAGUAGUAAUCUUUUUAAUUGGAAAAUACCCCUGAGCCUUUAAUUUUAUAGUGAAUAUGAAAGAAGAAUAGAAAGUACAAUACGAACUAAAGGUGUAUCAAAAUGCAUUUUUUAGAUUACAUAAUUGAGAAAUCCAUUUUCUAUUGAAUAACCUUGAUUUGUAAUUAUGGCUUUACACGUUUUUUCACUAAUUUUUCAGGCUUUUUAUGUUGUAUCACUUUCUGCCAUUGCCUGGUGGUUUGUGAGGGAUGUUCUCAUAUGUAUUUUACACACAGGCUAACAGAGGCUGAGUUUCAUCAUCACUGGUCUCCCAUUUUACUUUGUUGUUCAGAGCUGUACAUUGGAGACUCACAUGUUUACUGAACACCUGCUUAACCAGGUGCUCGCUCUCUCUCCACAAUCUCUCAUGAACCCUGCUUACCACUUGCCAAUAUGGCUGCUGCUGAAACGAAUGUGUCUUUCUCAGUAAAACCGGGCUUGUAACUGUGCUUCAACCAUACACUCAAAGGCAUUAUGCUGUUUGCUUACAAAUGCAUCUAAAAAGAAUAAUGUGGACACUCAGUUAUGAAUUAGACAGGUAAGAUUUCUAUUACAAUUAUGCACACUGAAAUACUAACUAGAAACCAUUCACCUGGUUACAUACAAAUACUUCUUCACAUUAUUCUACAUUUUAGAUGCUCUUACAAAACAAUGUACUGGCUUGAUAAAUGACCAAUCAACAUUUCGUACCUAAAACCACGACUGAAAGCUGCCUAGUUACCUGAAGGUUUUUGGCUCACACUUGAAGUUUUAAAUACAUUUUAUAUAGACUGUAAAUAAUGUCUACAGUUGCCUAACUUAUUUUAUAGUUUUGACAGAUUUGGGUACUGUACAGGACUUUUUUAGUAUUUAUACUUGAUGCUUUUUGGCACUAAACUUUUUGAGUGAAUCUUUGUGUGUUAUUGAUUAUGAUGGAAAAAAGCAAAAGCCUGAACAUUGAGACUAGGGCUACAUCAUUGUAUUUCUGAAUUUUCAUGUAUUUUAAGUUAUUGAAGUUUAUAACAUAUGCUCCCAUCUUGCAUAAAUUCAUUUUCUACCAAAAUCAUUCUAUUUUUAAAUAUAUUUAUAUGAUUUGUUAUUCGAAUGCAUAAUGUCAAUGUUGUAGACAUGGGACAUACAGUUCUCAAGAAACCAAAAAGUUUGCUAUCAAAUGUGUUUUCAUAAUUAUUUUGAUUUUGUGUGAAACUAUUGCCAAAAACAACAAAGGUGUUUGACAUUGGACUGUUACUUGGUUUGUUGUAGCUAUAGCAAGAUGUGCCUGUGUUAACUUAUUGUAAAGUAUCUCCAUUACUUUAUUCUCCAAGAACAAUGAUUGUGGUACUAUUGCAGUGGUGGAUCCUGCCUUGUUCUUUUUAAUUCUUCCAUACCUUGCUGUUGUUAACAUUUCUUUUGUAUUAUUAUUUUGUAUUUUGUAAUUAUGAACUUGUGUUUUUUUUAUUACAUCUGUCAUUUUUUGCAGACUGUUUUGUAUUAAAAUAAAUGGGCAGUAUCCAUUGUAAA